AUGUCCAAUUCGUCCGAUAUAAUUCCGAUACGUUUACGUCAAAAUUUCAUACAACAAAUUUUAAUAGGAUGCAAAGAAAAUCCUCACUUUGCGAACAAUCAUAUGAAAAAUUAUUUUACAUCUUAUAUAAAUAUAAUAUCGCCAUUAUAUAAAAAAAAUCGUGAUCCAUUAACAAUGAAAACAAUAACGUCAAAAUGUCCAUCUUGUUCAGAAAAAUAUUCAUCUACUUCAUACAAGUACACGUGUAAAAUGCGUGCUAAUACGAGAAUCAAACGUUUAUUACAAAAAUAUCGACGUACUCGAUUAACACCAUUAACAUACAAACGUUUAUUAUUAGACAGUUUCUAUUGUCGUUCACACACAAAACUCUCUGUGACAUGUACAAGUUGUAAUGAGAUACGUCGCUUCAACGGUGCCACCAGAGAAGAUUUAGAGAAGAAAAAAUUAAAACAACAAUAUACAUCAAUAAGUCUUGACGCGUCAAACAAAAAACAGAAAAUAGUUGACAACAAAAAAACAAAUGAAAAAUUAAAACAAACAUUUCAGAAUGCUUCUUGUCGAUUUCUAAAGAGAGAAAGUAAUUUAAGAGCAUUUCUUGAACAACUCUAA